UAUUGAACCAGUAGACCCUCCUGUUAUCAGCAAUAAAGAUUACAUAUACAAGAUUCACAACAGCUUAUACCUUGAUAUUCUAGUACAAAAUAAUGGAUACCAUAUUUUAUUUCGUUGUGGUUUUAUUAGUUUGUGUCACAGUUGUAAAUGCCGGAGAAUUUUGUACAGAGGAUACCUUCGGAUACACAAAAUACUGUGCUACAUCUUGUUGUGGAACCAAAUAUAACAGAUACUGCUGUUCCAGUAAUGUGGGGCUUAUCGUUGGUAUUGUGCUUGGUGUUGGUGGACUUGUAACAGUGAUAGUGUCAGUGUUGGUGGCUGUAUUCUGUUGCUGUCGAAAAACCAGAGGACAGACGGGACAGGUGUGUCAACCUACAGUGCCGGUGUACGGUGUGCAGACAACCACUGUAAGUUAUGAACAAGCUGGAUACACAAAUGCUGCAUUCCCACAACAAUUGCAGACACCAAGCAUGCCUGGUCCAGUAGAUGAUGCCCAGAAAUGGCAACAGCCCCCGCCUUCAUACAAUACUGUCAUCACGAGCUAACAUGUUGAAACAUUGGCCAUAAUUAUAAUAAUCAUAAUAAUAUACUAAUGAUGAUAAUAAUAGUAACAAUGACAGUAACGUUUUCUACAGACGAUAUCAUAAUUAUGUUAAAAUUAAGUCUUACAUGUGGUCGUAAAGCCUGAUACAUUCAAUAUUUAAAGCAAAAAAGUUAUAUAAUAACAUGCUUUUGGCACACUUCCAGUCCCUGUUUGAACGUAUGCGCGUUCUUAUGUCUAAGCGAUAAAACAUAAUAAAUGGCUUAGAUGUCCCUUCAAGCCAUUAUUGCGCUAGAUAAGAAAUUAUGACAAGAAAGCAUAAUUAUUGAUGUAGUAUAUUAACGUUCUAGUAAUACCAAAAUAAAAUGAAAUGGUAAAAUUGACGUAUUUUAAAGAAGCGUAUUUUUUAAAUAAUGUUUAAACAGAAAACUCUGUUUUGAAAAAAGAACUUACAUUAUGUUUUUAUAUAUUAAACUGUGAUUAUAAAUAAUUAUAUUGCACCUUUUGAUUUACCUCUUAACAAUCAGAUUAUCUAAUUUGGAUUCCGAUCAUUCAAGUUUGAGGAGAAGAUGUUUGACGAUGUUUACUAUAUGUUUACAGACCAAACAGGCCACACACACGGCGGCGAUCAAUUUCGUUGAAUCAUCCGAUGGUCAUUUCUAUGACAUUAUUUUGAUUUCUGACAACCCUG